UUAUGGAUAAACAUUAGUGGCGGUGCAUAAUGUCGGUUCUAAAAUGCCGCAAAAAAGGGGCGUAAUAGCCAAACAGCGUGGACUUUUCGGGAGUGUUAUCAAAGCAGUGACAAUACAGCUCUUGAAUGGUGUAUGUUUUCCAGUUUGGAUAAAAUUGUGUCAUUAAUAAUUGCCAUAACAGUUGUCCAUUUUCGGUAGUGGCUAGUUGAUGGUUUCAAAACGACACGGUUAGAAUAAUACUCAUGGGCCAUUGGUAAUGCUUAUCGGUAGUACGCGAGAGCAAAAAAAUUGUUUCAAUUCUAUAUCAACUAGAACCAAAACGCUCGACUGAAUGCGGUCAGCAAUCAGAGUUCAGUCUUUAUCCGAACGUGGCACAUGAAAUAGCGUCGUCGUGAGCAGUAAACCGUGCGGUAGUUACCAUAGCAGGCGUAGUAGACGAGGAAAAUGUCACGCAGACGAAACAUUUGCAUUAAGGCACGAAUAAUUGUUUCAAUAGUGUACAGCAAUUAACCAAAGUGGGCGGUGACAGUUUUCAACCAAUCAUCCUGCAAGUUAUAUAAGUCCAGUGAUAUUUUGGCAAGGGUUCACAGAAAGGACCCAUUAUUCAUGACACUAGAAAUCGAUUACCUCAUAUUGCGAGCAUAAUUAAAGAAAGAAAAAAACACAUCGCAGCAUCAGGGGCGAACAUGGAACGAGAAUUCACUCCAAUUACGAGCCAAUAGAUGUCCGCCCACUUUCCUGUUGGCCCCUCUGUAUGAUAAUCUACGGCAUACCUAACUGAAUUGGAAUUCUAAAUAGCAGCAGACAACCACAUCAGCAUCACAUAAUCCUCCACUCAUUCGAAACAACGGGAGCUGAGACUGAAUCUCAUAAUACACAUUAGAAAUGCAUCGAUCAUGAGAUUUCCCAAGGUAUCGCCGAAAAAGUGUUUCUUUCUUGUUUUAUGUUUCGCCGUUCUUGUGCUGCUAGUUUUCAAUCUAAGAGAGCUGAAUAGUAAGUCGUCUCACCCCGUUUACAACCGCGCUGAUUACCAAGUCGAUUACAAUAAUCACGAUAAUGCUAAGAAUGAGGCCCCGCAAACAACUGAGGUACUCGAUCGAUUGGGCUUAUCGGAUCAUGACGACGACAAACUGGACGUCCAAAGCCAAACGGGCGACCAAUCGCUGAACGCCAUGAACGAGAUCAUCUACAGCGAGCGGCCAUGGUACUUAACGAAUGGGGUACGCUACCCGAAACCGGUGCGACGCAACCGGAAAACGAACAAACGCAUCGCACGAUUGCUCCCGUCGGAAACAUCUCGGAGCGAUCGGAUAACCAACCAGCUGAUGUUUGUUCCACCGAACUACGAAGCUAUCAAGCGGAAGGGUAAGCUGAAAACAAUCCUCCUGUACAACGGGCUGGGACCGUGGAACGUGAAAGCUGGCCGGGAGGUGUUCCUGAAUUCGAAAUGUCCCGUGUCCACGUGCAGUAUUACGUCCGCACGGGAAAAGGCCAUAACGGCGGAUUUGAUUCUGUACAAAGACCACUACAUUCCGCCGGCCGUGCCUCGGUCAGCGCACCAGAUUUACAUGAUGUAUUUUCUGGAAUGCCCCUACCACACACAGCACGUCAAGUUCCCCGACGUGUUCAACUGGACGGCCACUUAUAGAAAAGACAGCGACGUGGUAGCGCCGUACGAGAAGUGGGAGUACUUUGAUCCGCGGAUUCGCCAGGCUGAACAAGACCGCAACUACGCGCUCAACAAAACCCGCAAGGUGGCUUGGUUCGUGUCCAACUGCGGAGCCAGGAAUGGACGGCUCCAGUAUGCCCACGAGCUCCAGAAGCACAUACAAGUGGAUAUCUACGGUGCCUGCGGGACGUACAAGUGCUCCCGUACUACAGCAGACAAGUGCUUUGAAAUACUUGACCGAGACUAUAAGUUCUAUCUUGCGUUUGAGAACUCAAACUGUAAGGAUUACAUCACGGAGAAGUUCUUCGUGAAUGCCUUAAACCGUAACAUCUUACCAAUUGUGAUGGGAGCUCGUCCGGAGGACUACGAAGCCAGCUCCCCGCAAAAGUCCUAUAUACAUGUGGAUGAGUUCGCCUCGCCGAAGGAGUUGGCCGAAUAUCUACAUAUACUGGACCGAAACGAAGAACUGUACAACUCAUACUUUAAAUGGAAAGGAACGGGAGAGUUCAUAAACACGUAUUUCUGGUGCAGAGUUUGCGCCAUGAUGCAUGACGAAGCGUCCUUCCAGAAGCCCAAGUGGUACGACGACAUUAACGAUUGGUGGCGAGGUCCAGGUGUUUGCACUAACGGAUCCUGGCGGAACUAUCGAGCCCGAAAGGAUGCCAUCAGUGAAGAAUAGGGAUUAGUAACUUAAUUUCAUCAUUGUGAUUUGUUCUAAACUUAGUUGAAAAUUAUCGACGAAUGACACAUGCGGAAGGAAUUAGAGAGUGUAAAUGUAUAGUUUAGGAAUUACAAUUGACUAUGUAGAAGUUUGGUUUGUCCGAAUAAUGAUGAACUGAAAACCAAUCGAAACAAUACCGAUCUAGUCCAACUUUACCAACAUAUGAAUUGUUAACGAUGAACGGAUCUCACAGGAAGUAGAAAGUUAAGGAGAGGCAGAAUAAUCCUAACAAGACACACAUUCUAAGCAUAGUGGAAUCAGACUACUACUAGUAAUACUGCAUACGAAAACUACUACCAAGAACAAACGGUCUAGCGAGACAGAAAAGCAGAUAAUUUUAAGUCCUGUACUGCUGUACUACAUACUGCUGCUCAUUUGUGAUUUUAGUUGUAUUGAGUUAGUUGUUGUUACCUUAGUCUAAUUAUAUCGGUAGUCUAUACUAAUUAUCUUUAAAAGUAUCUCACUGUCAUUCAUUCAUCAUUAGGAGUCAGUAUUAUUCAUACGCAAAUGACAUCUACAAGCAACCCGUACUUUCUCAAACAACGCCAGGUGAUACUUAUCCUGUUCUAAUAAAUUACAAUUUACGCAAAUAUAAAAUAUUUAGUUUAGUUAGAAGUUUACACGAGUCAAUUUAGUUAAAAAAGAAUUAUGCAAUAGCAUUAACAACCUAUGAACCAAUUUUUCAUACCUACAUAAGUUUGAGAGUCAAUUUUCAGAACGGGACAUUCAUCUUCAUCUUCUUCAUAUUUGAAUAAAGGCAAAUGAAUAAAAAGCAAACGGUUAGGAAAUAAACAAAGACAUGAACGUAAAGGAACCGCAAGCGCAACCAGAAUUCGUAUAAAAUUUAAGUUACUUAUCGAUAUUCAUGCUAAUUUUAAAUGGAUAAUAAAAACAACAAGACAAGAAUA